UCAACAAAAAAGAAGAAGAUUCGAUUUUCUUGAUUUUGAAACCAUCAAAAAGGAUUAUCGUAUUUUAGUUAAUGUCCAUCCUCAGAAUACACCAUAACGUGUAAGAUGCAGUGUGUGAGGCAGUGGGUCGCCGCAGGGCACGGUCUCGGCGGCGGGGCCCUUUGCAUCGGCGCAUGGCGGCCCCAAUGAGAUCCACGAGCUCGCAGCAGGAAGCUGGCCACCGAGCUAGGGUGGCGGACCUCCGGCAGCAGGGCCCCCUACAUUCAUCGCCGUGUAUAACGUCGUCGUCGAAUUCGACCUCUUCGUCGACCUCAACCUCAACAUUACAACAACACCAUCACCAGGUCAUUCAACAACAACCACCGACAUCGCAAUCGUCUUCUUCCUUAAAUCAUCAUCAUCACCACCACAACCACCACCACCAUCAUCAUCAUCACCAUCAGGGGCUGUCCGUGGCCGCCUCAACGACGACCAACAAUUUUGAGUAUGACGAUAAUGAGUGGGACAUCGGAAUUGGAGAUUUAAUUAUCGAUUUGGACGCGGAUAUUGAAAAAACGAACGAAGGAAAUAAUAAUAAUAGUAUUAAUAAUAGUAAUAGUAGCGGAGGUGGUUUGACACCUUCUUCUGUUACUGGUGUCGGGGGAAAUUUGGUGCCGGGGACCACCACUCUUUGUGGUGACCAACAGCACCAUCAGGUUAACGCUUUGCAAGCUACCACUGUGAUGGCUACCAGCGCUAAUCCAAAUACCUCGACGAAAAACGCUGCUAAAAUGGCCAUUGAACAUUCGGCCACUGUUGAUAAGGGUUUAAAAAUGAAAAUAAAACGUACAAAACCCGGAACGAAAUCAUCAGAAGCAAAGCACGAAAUCGUCAAGAGUAACGAACAGAACGGUACGACGGACACAACGGAUAUAAUUACGGGUGGCGGCGGCGGUGGUAAAGGAACUUCCGGUACGUCGGGUAACACGACAACAAGCGGGAAACAUCCGCCGCCAAAUUCGAUAAACGCGAGCGGCGGGAUUUCAUCGCUGUCGAACUCGUCCUCGUCGAAUUCGCAAAACUCGAAUUCCUCGUCGUCGUCGUCGAGUGCGAAUUCAACGAGCGGGAGUGGUUCGGGUAAUAAACGAAGUUCAGGCGGCCAUCGAAGGGACAAAGCGCGGGACAAACACUCGGAAAAACAACAAGCUGCCGCCGCUCAGCAACAACAAACCAGUGCCCAACAAAAUAGCAAUUCUAAUAGUAGCGGUGGUAAUAGUAAUAAUAAUAGUGGAGGUAACGCGCAAAGUAACAGUAAUAAUAAUAAUAGUAAAGUGAGCGGAAAUAAUAAUAGUAAUAACGGUAAUAGUGCUAAUAACGGUGGUAGUGGAGGUAAUAAUGUUCAAGUGGUAGACGGGGGUUUAGUGAGGGUUAGUGCGGGACAAGUUGGUGGUCAAAGACCGGUUUUUCCAGCUAGUACAGGACCUGGUCCACCAAGUAACCAACAGCAACAAAUUGGCGGUAGUGUCAUCGGUGGGCCUCCACCCAGUCCUGCCGCCGCCACAGCUCAAGGAUCCGCCAGUAAACCAGAACAAGCCAAAGUUGGAAUCGGUGGAGGGAGUGCACGACAGCCAACACCACCUACAGGAGAUGAUAGAAGUUCAUCACCACCACCCAGUAAGAAGAUAAAAACUGAAAUUAAGGAAACUGUUGACGUGUGCGUUGGAACAAGUGUAGGAACAAUAACGGAACCAGAUUGUUUAGGACCAUGUGAACCCGGAACUAGUGUAACAUUAGAAGGAAUUGUUUGGCACGAAACCGAAGGAGAAGGUGUAUUGGUCGUAAAUGUAACGUGGAGAGGUAAAACGUACGUGGGCACGCUCCUAGACUGUACUCGCCACGACUGGGCCCCGCCGCGCUUCUGCGAUUCUCCGACCAGCGACCUGGACACGAGGACGCCGAAGGGCCGAGGUAAGAGGGGCCGCUCGGCAGCGGCUACGACAGCCGCCGCAGCAGCAGCCGCAGCCGCCACCGCCAACACACCCAACACUGACCAGACAAACAACAACUACUUCACAGAGACCCGAUCGUCGGCGCACAGUAAGCUGCGUAACGGAGGCGGCGCGACCGGACCUGGGGCCCCCAAGGGAAGACGCGGUGCGGCCGCCAACGGGGCAAACCCCUCGGCGACGGCCGCAACCGCCACGGCCCCAUCAUCGCCAACACCGUUCGCACCGCCUCGCGUCGAACCGAGCAACAAAAGGAAGAGCCGAAGCGGCGAAGAGGACGGCGUUCCUACCGGUGGAAAAAAAAGCAAAACAGCCGCGAAUGCAACAGUUUCCACAUCAUCAUCGAACAGUUCAUCGUCAUCCACAACAUCCUGUUCAUCAAACGCCUUAAAUUCUUCGCCACCACCAUCCCCGGUACUCUUAGAAUGUCCCGAACCAAAUUGUUCGAAAAAGUACAAGCACAUAAACGGCCUCAAGUAUCAUCAAUCCCACGCACACGGUUCAGCGGACGACGAGGACACCAAAGACGUUACGUCAAUGUCUGAAAAUGACGAAAGUAGCAAUAUUGAAGCUCCGAGUCCUGCCACGCCAGUUAAAUCGCCAGAUAAAAGUCAAGACUCACCGGCUACACCCCAGAAAAAGGAAGAUCUGCCAUUGAUAUUAAGAAGCUUGGACGCUACAAGUCAACCGGAUACGCCGAGAAGUACACCCCCUUCACCGGCUACCCCGCAAAGUAUACAAGAUAUGACAAAUUCCGUUGGAUCGCCAAGUGUACCUUUAGCGGAAGCGGCAAGUAAUGGAGUUGCGAAAAAUGUCGUGGCAAAACCAAGCGUUCUUAGGUAUACAGAAGAAUUUCCGGUUUCGAAUAUAUUUCCUGGAAAUAAAAGUCAACCUGUAUCAGGUAAUAACUUAACAACACCAAGUCCACUAGCAACAGUAAGGCCAGUAAACGUAUCUUCCAUUUCAUCAGAACCGCAACAGGUUCAACAGCAUCCUCAAGAAGUUCCACCUCCCCAACAACAGCCACAACCACAACCGCCACCACCUCAACAACAACAAACUUUCGGCGGUCAACUUCAACAACAACAACAAAUGCCAUCGCAAACCUUCACCCAGCCGCCAACGUUAAUGAUUCCCAGUCAAAAUCAACCUCAAAUUCAAUCGCUACCGAGUCCACACCCGCCGCAAAGUCCCAAAACGACGGCAACAAAUCUAACGCCGUUUAAAGUAAAACCGACGUCCGCCCUAAUGCCUGAAGAUAAAAAGACGGUUAAGCAACCGUUACCGCCCAAUUUUAAUAAGAAAAAGAGUCGAAAGAGUCCCGCCUCGAGUCCUGAUCCGCCCCAAACGAAUGAGGCGCCCGUUUUCGGUAUGGAGAAUCAAAGUGGUAGGGAUGAGGUUCAAAGCCCUGCGUAUUCGGAUAUAUCGGACGAUGGUGCUCCGGUGAUUGAAAAUGACGAUAAAUCGAAAGGAAACGACAAAAAGGCUGAUUCCGGGCAACAAAUGCAACAUAUGCCUUCGUAUGUUUACCCAUUUUAUGGCCAGGCGCCUUAUUUGGUUUCAUCAGUUCAAGAAAAUAAAAAUAAAGAACCCGAAAAACAACAACAAACCAUAGAAAAACAACCGAUUGAAAAGGAUAAUCCCAAAAAAGACAACACCAACAACCCAGAGUAUCAACAAAAAGUUCUUCAACAGCAUUAUUACCCGUAUGGUUACAUGCCUUCAUAUCCUUAUAACAUGGAAACGUCUUAUGUUCCAUCGAUCAAUGAUGAUAAAAUGAAAGAAGAACGAGGAAAAGAUAACCCUAGUCCGAUUGACCAACAACAAACCGUUAAACAAAACGCUCCAAUACCGAAUCCGAUUCAAGUUCCAAAUCCUGGAAAAGUUAAAACGGAACCGAAUGUUGUUAAAGAUAAACAUCAAAAUGAUAAUCAUCAGAUUUUGAAGGAAAGUAUUGAAAUGAAAAAUCAGAUGAGUUAUAAUGUUUAUUCAAGACAACAAGUUCAUGCGCAAAGAGAAGAUGACGUCAGGCGAUUUUACGCUUAUCAGGAACAGAGGAGAAAGGAACAACAACAUCAACAUCAGCAACAACAACAAGCCCAACAAGCUCAACAACAGCAGCAGCAACAACAAAAUGAGAAGAAUCUAUCGCAAAAUAAGGUUCCAUCACAAAGUCCUAAUUUAAAACAUAAAGAAAAACAAGAUGAUAAAAAAGAAAAGGAUGUAAAACAAGAAGGCGUAAAACCUACUAUGGAAACGCAAGGUCCCCCACCGCCCCCAACGUCUCAAUAUUACAUCCAUCCCAGCUACAUGCAAUCACCACAUUAUGGACCAUUACCGUUCGACCCAAACCACGUGUAUCGUGGCAUAAUGGUUCCAGGUCCAUACGGUUCAAAUCCCUACCUCCAUCACCCUCAGUUAUCGCGUUAUGCCCCCGAAGAUUUGUCUCGACCGCCACCACCCACGAAAGCUCUCGAUAUGCUUCAGCAUCAUGCCCAGUACUAUUCCCCGCACAAAAUCCACGAACUUCAAGAACGCGCGAUUAAAAGUCCAACGCCGAAAACGUCGGUUGCGAGUAGUAGCCCGUCGGCGAAUAAUCCCACGGUUAAUUCACAACAAAUGAGUGGAGUGCAGCAACAGCAAGUUGUGUCUUCUUCGCAGGCCAGUACGGUUGCUUCAGGUGGUGGUAAACAGGUAACGGGAGAUGGGAAGGAAUCGAGAUCACCCCCGCCACAACGACAUGUUCAUACUCAUCAUCAUACGCAUGUGGGGCUCGGGUAUCCUAUGUAUCCAGCACCAUAUGGAGCGGCUGUAUUAGCAAGUCAACAAGCAGCAGCGGUCACAGUGAUUAACCCAUAUCCACCAAAAUGAGACCAAGUCAGAAAGUGCAGUAAUAAUAGUAGUGAUCAGAGCAUUCCAAUAAACGUGUAAAAAAGUGCGUUUUAACAAAACAUAAAAAGAAAACUUAAUCGGGAAGUGAUUUUUUUGUAAAUAGUGUAAAGACUAAAAUAACUGUGUGAAGAUUCUACGUAUAAAAUAAUAAAAACUUUUAAAUAUGAAAGAAAAUAAACAGUUUUAAGAACAUUCUCUAGUUACUUAUGCAUCAUAUUUACUCUAAAAUAAGAGAAAAACAAUGGAUUCAAUGGUUAUCGUUAAAACUAUACAUACAUAAGAGGUAAAAAAAACUAUUAAAAUAGGAGUUAAAUUGUAGACUGAAGCGAAAAAGAGAAAUAGAAAUUAAGGAAGAACAAGAGAAUAAAAAAAUCUGUACUUUAUUACUGUAAAUUUACAGAAAGAAGCGAAGAAAUGAGGUGAAUGAAAUAUAAAGCUAAAUAAAAAAUACAAAAUAAAAAUGAUAAUUUAAAAUUUAAAAGCAGAAAUUUUAACAAUAUAUUGAUAUACACUCUGUGUAUUUUAACUUGUGAUUCGUUUUAUUCUCGUGUGUAUAAGUUAAAAUAAGCAUUUUGUAUAUAAUAUAUAUUUUAAGUGUUUAUAUUAUAUAUACAUUACAAUAUUAUAUACGUCUCUAUAUAUGUGCUUGUCCACAUAUUUUUUAAUACGUCAAUUUUGUUCUCUCUCCCAUUGUUUCUUGGAGUUUAGUUUCUUCUUUGGUAUAUUUCUUAUUUUUCCUAGCGAUUUUUUUAUUUUAUUUUUUUUAAGUCGUGUUUUAUUCGGAUACGUCCCAGUUUUAGUGGGAUAUGAUGUAUUAAAGAUUAAAGUAAACAAAAAAAAAAAGAAAGAAAUAAUAGAAAAAAAAUUAUCGAAAACAAAUACGGUUCUUAUUUUUUACUUGGAAAUCUCCGUGAUCUGUACAUUUUGUACCCGCGACAACUUCUAAUAUUUUUCGUCAUUAUUAUUAUUAUUAUUGUCGUCAUCUCGUUAUUAUUAUUACAUAAUUAUUACUGUUAGUUCAAUUUUUUACGCAUAA